AUGCAAAAGAAGGUGAAAAAAAAAUGCGCCGCUGCCGCGUGGUUGCUGCGACGGCUGGUUAAUUAUUUGAGUGUGCACGUCAGCGUCUGUCGUGGCGCCGCGGUGGUGGCGCAAUCAGCCGUCACUGCCGCCGCCCCUCCUUUACGGAGGGAGCUGUGUACAACCCUCGCUGCAGCGAAGGUGUCUGUGGUGAGUUCCACGUUGGAGAAGUUGGAGGGACACUACGAGGAUGUCUGCCAUGCGGGGUGGGGUCACGUCAUGGAAGUUUCCGACGGGCGAGGAGGGAUGAGGAUGGAGCUCAGGGCAGGCAGGCCGCCACAGCUGUGGGAGUACAAAGUGGAGGGGGCAACUGUUCUCAUGGAUGACGGUGCAGCGCAGUUCCGCCCACCACGUCCCAGUCUGGUGGUGCUCACCUCCGAGAAGUGGCCGUACGCACUGCUGCAAGGAUGUGGCUCUGACUACUGUGUGUACUCUGAGGUGGAGCAGGUGUGGCUGAUCGUUGAGGGCGAUCUGGCCGGGCUGUUUGGCACGCACGGCGGGGCGAACUCGGCGUUUGUGCGGCGUGUCUUGAUCGGGAUGCCCGGGAUCGGGAGGGCGGUGGCUGCUUGUUCGUGCCUUCUCUACCAGCUGCUGCACUACGACGCCGAGCAGCUCCACGCGGUGGCGUGCUUCAUUGGGGAGCGAGCGUUUCUGUUUGACAGGACCACCAAGAGG